UAUUUUAUUAAGAUUAUCUUUGAAAGCAAAAAAGCUUAAAGCAACAUCAAAUUCUAUAUUUGCAAAUAAUGAUAACUUUUCAGAAGUAGAAACAUGUGAUCUUACUACUCUAUCAAGUGAUAUAUCUGAAUCUAAAGAAAGCUUGAUCAAAAAUCAGAUAAAAAAAGAUAGAAAAGAAUAUAAAGAUCAUGAUAAUAAAGAGCUUUUAUCAGAUGAGGAA